UGGCUAUAAAGUAGACUGACCAGACAGACUUUUAGACAUGUGACUCCUAUGGCGUCACUGGACAAGUACCAGAGUUGACAGUAGGUUAAUGUGCAUUUCAGCAGAAAGUUACUUUAAAGUGUAUUUCAGAGACAUGAAAGUAACAGAGAGUGGUAUGCAGCCUUGAGGUGACUCAAAUUGUGACAGUCUGACAUAUAUGUGCUAAGCAGGUGAAUUCUACUCUAUAUGGACAAAAGUAUUUGGGCACACCUCUUCGUCAUUGAAUUGCCCAAGCAGCUGCAUCCAAGUCCUACAUCAUCAGCGUCACAUAGAGAGGUGUAAAGCAUAUUGAUACUGGACUGUGGGGCAGUGGAAAAGUCUUCUAUAGAGUGAUGGAUCACUCUUCUCUGUUUGGCUGUCAGAUUGGUGAAUCUAGGUCUGGCAGAUGCCGGGGAACAUUACCUGGAACUUUGGCCCCCAGAACAUCAUUAAAUAAAAAAUAUGUGCAGAGAAAAUUCUAGAGGAAAAAAAGCUGCAGAAUUUUGGGAUUUUUUGUAAAUCUUUGUAUUAUUAUUAUUAUUAUAUUUUUAAAUAUAUAUAAACGCCCUCCAACUCCAAAGACAACUGAGACUGAAACAAUUUAAUCAGAAAUGAAUUAAUGUUUCAUCCAUAUUUCACUAAACCCUCCUGUAAGCCAUUAUUAGCAAAUAUAUUACAUGUUAAACAUGUAUUCAUCAGCUCACUUUCCAUAAAUCUGCCACUUUCUAUGGAAACUUUCUGCUUUAGGUGUUUCGGGAGUGCAAUUUUCCUGCCUGGUUUUUCAUUUAUAGCUAUGCAGCAUAGACAACAUGACAGGCACAGAAAUAUUCAGCUAAAAUAUCUCAGCUGCCCCCAAAGUGCCUAAAGAGAAAAAAGCUGAAGUUUGAACAAAUGUAGUUGAUGACCUGUGCUCUGCAGAAUAAAUGGGCUCAGAUUCCCACAUAAACACUCCUAAAUCUUGUGGAAAACCUUCUAAGACUGGAGGCUGUUAUAGAUGUUAAAGGAGAACCAACUCCACAUUGAAGUGCAUGUAUUUGAAUACAAUGCCAUCACAGUCUUGUGCUGUAAUGGUGGUCGGAUACUUCAGUCAUCAUAGUGUACUUGUGAAAUUAGACGCUCAACACUGAUAAUAACUUUUUAAAUCCAACUUACUGUUUUUUUUCUUCCAAUGCAAAGCUAACAUUUUUAGCUAUAGACGGUGUCCCUGAAUGUAAAGGACAUUGCGUGAACGUCUUGCUUAAUCUUGCUAUGUAAUAUCACUUUCGUGUCAUGUUUCACAAUAAAGGACAGUUACUCGUCUUUCCCUCGGUUAGCCACCAGAUGUCCCUCCUGACUUCAUAACCGCCAGUUCAGCUGCAAAUACAUGAAAACAUUAGGAGCUCACGUUUGCAAAAUUGCUUCAAAUAAUUCGACUUUGUUGUCGCUAAUGGCAGUUUUCCUCUGGAUUAUUAAGCCUGAAGUUCACUGCACUUUAAAACAUUCAUCACUAAAUCAGAACAACAGGGCAAACAGUCGUUCGUGUCGUGUAGACCCGUCACUCCUCGCUGUGUAACCACAUAAAUAAACACGCAGUCCACAUGACAAACUGGAGACGUUGGGAUUUCACUCCAGCCAAUCACAGAGCUCAGAAAGUUUCGGUCCCGCCUCCUCUCAGCCUCGGUAUAAAUGUGUUGCAACGUUGCCAACAACAAACGCCGCAAAUGCUUCAGAAAGUCUGGCACAUGAGUCCACACGCAUUAGCGCGCUACCUAAAGGAAUAUCACCCCAUAGGACUACAGCCUCGCUCUCUCACAGGGAUUAUUUUCUGAGUAAUCAUGAUUCCAGAGGAGAACUUCAAGGAGAGCAGGAUGCAGUCUGCAGGUCUGGCUCUGGAGGAGUUGUUGGUAACAGCUCAGAAACAAGACUGCCUGACUGUUGGCAUUUAUGAAUCAGCUAAACUUCUUAAUACAGACCCAGACAGUGUGGUUCUGUGCGUUCUGGCAGCCGACGAUGCAGAUGAUGUCGGGCUGCAGAUCCACUUCACCCUGCUGCAGUCAUUCUGCUGUGAGAGCGGCCUCAACAUCCUGCGAGUGUCGGGAGUUCAACGGCUUAAGCAGCUUCUCUGUGCUGUGGAUGCCAACAGAAACCAGGAAGAGCACGGAGACCUCCACUGCAUGCUGGUUACGAAUCCGCAGGCUGACCACUGCAGGCUACAAGAGGUGGGGACCUACUGCCAGGAGAGUCGACGCCUCGACCAGUGGGUGCCUGAACUGGUCCUACAGGAACGCUGAGGGGCCUUUCUUCCACAUACAUGAACAAGAACAGGAGCUUUCUGGGUUCAAAUUCUGGAUCUGUUUUUGCUCGUGCAGUGGCACCCUGGAGUGGCACAGUCUAUCCUGAAUGAUGACUAGACGGACCAGGGGACACCCUUUCAAGGACUUGUGACAGUCGGAGAGGAAAAUCGUUGUGGUGAAGAGACACAGCAGAUUCCCUUUAAGGCCUAGUUAUCUACAUCAGCAAAAAAUAGAUCAAAGCCUCUAUUUUGUGCCUCUGUAACAAUGUUUGUGGUGUGAGAGUCAAUCAGCAGCAGCUUUUGACUGAAAAAUGUCCACACCCGACAUAUACCUGGAAGAUCAGUGUGUUUUCUAUGGACUGGACAGGAAUGCUGUAAUGAAACCGAACCUGACACUCCUGUGUAUUCUGACAUGGGAGAGUCCUUGGAGAAGAUGUGUGCGUGAAUGUGUGGUAUGCGUGUACAAUCCUCAGGUCUUUCUUUAGAAAAGACUGGGCGUGCAGCGUGUGCGUUCCUAAAAAAAUGAGCAGCCCAACCUGUGGAGGAAUCGUCACCAUGGAAACUACAAUGGAAUGAUUUUCAUUUUAAAGGCACAGGAUUUAUUGGAGGGAAGAGAGUGCAAACAAGUUGCAAAACUUGUUUGGUGGUAGGAGGUUACAGAGUGAGUGCUUCUUUUUUAAUUGUCAUAGUGCUGUGUGGCAAAUACACUUGAUAUCUCUGUGCCUUUAACAUUGCUGCUUCUUUGAUCAAAUGAUGUCUAAAUGAACUGUGCUGCACCUGCACAUAAUUUAUUGAUUAUAUUAGGUGUUUGUUUUAAUAUUUAUGGUCUAUAAUUUUUUUCUGGCACUUAAAUCAAUAAAUUAAUGUAUUCAUAAUUUAUUACCUGCCUCAUCAGUACGUCUGUGCUAAGAU